AUGAGUGAGUACAGUCCUGUACUAAGUGAGGAAGAAAGGAUAAGGAAGAGUAAACUAUCAUUCAAUACGAAAUCAAUCCACCAGCGACAACAGUUUUGCCAUGCUUUAGAGAAUCUCAUUAUUGAUGUGUUUAAAAAGAAUUGGCCAGCUGUGAAGGUGGGAGUCGCUAAUAUCAAUCUGGAAGCAGUGGCUGCUAAACAGGUUAAAGAGGAUUUCGAUAAUAUUGAACCACCAACUGCGCUGAAGCUUGAACCACCAACUGCGCUGAAGCUUGAUUUCGGUACUCCGUAUAAAAGAAAUCACUAUCGGUACAAUUCCGUCGCUGGUGUACGAUCUUUUGUACAACCAGUUACCAUGCUUAGGGUACAGCGUUUUUACAUUUAUUGUCAACUACAGACUCAAGAUGAGAAAACAAAUAUGUCAAAGAUAAAAGAGGCUAAAUAUAACUGGGCUCGUGAAUCUUCGUUAAAUCGGGAAAUUUGGAGAUUGAAAUAUGAAAAUAACUUGUUAUUAGGAUUUGAUAUCAAUAAAGAUUUUCAAAUGUUCUCAAUAAUGGAUAAUGAUUAUAUAGCUAAUGGGCUAGCCGGUGAAGAAGAACCUACUAAUGAAACUGUCCAACAACAAUGGCGGAAACUGCCUCCGAAAUUGAAAUUUAUUUCUACAGAAAUAUCUGGAUUUGUUCAUGUUUAUGGCAUUACCGGGUAUCAUUGUUGGAACUAUUAUUUGGGGAAAAGGUUUAACCAGAUAAAGUCUUCAUUGGUGAUAUUCACUAAUGGAUCUAUGACGGGGACAUGUUAUGGCGAGGUUGUUAAGCGAAUUAAACAGGAAUGGAUUCAAAUGGAUAGUGGUAUGAAACAACAAAUUGAAGUUGAAUAUAGGGAUUUGCUUAGUCAAGGGAAGGAUAUGUAUGAAGGAAAAAUUGUAUCGAUUGAAUUUAAAAACGAGGCUAUUAAUAAUUGGAAACGAUACCAGGUUAUUCAUGUUAGAGGAGAUAAUCCAUUCUUUGAACUUUCGUCAAGUACCAACAAGUUUUCAAUUGAGCCCCCUAAAAGACUAAGAUUUGUUCGAAAUCAAACUGUUGGAAAUAUUGUAAUUAUUGGCAAAGUCGAUAAUCUUCAUGCAUGGAAUUAUUUUCUAUGCAAACACUUGAAAGAAAACGCUAGGACUAGCUUGUAUUUUCAACUACGCGAGCAAUGGGCAAAAAUGAAUAGUGAUGAGCAAGAACAAUACAGACUAGAGUAUGAAGAGUUGUUGUAUUCUGGUCGUGAUAUCUACAGGGGUAAAAUACUUUUGCUCGAGGAGAAACAAGCACUAGCUGAAAAAGAGGGGCGCCUCAAAAAAACAGGUGGUGGUGGCUUGAUAACUGAGAUAUGGGGACAGGUUAUUGAGAAUGGAUCAGGAGCUCGAACCAAUGUUGCGCCGCUACCAAUAAUCAUUGAUUACAAGAGCCAAAAACCUGUAUUGUUAGACGAGUUAUCAGAGAAGCAUGUAUAUAAUUAUUUUCUAGCCAGAAGGUUAGAUGAGGUGAAAAAAGGGGGCGAUAGAGGAGGAGGAAGCGGAGGAGGAGUAUUGCAAAGGGAACUUUUUCUCAAGUUAGAGCUUGAGUGGGUUAAAAAGACGCAAUUGGAAAAAAACCAGCUCAGAUGUGAUUAUGAGAAACUACUCAAGAGUGGCUACGACUAUUUAUAUGGUAAGAUUGUUCCAUUGUCGGAAAAGAUUAGCCAAGCUCACAGUCUCAAAUUGGCCAAGAAUCUUUCGGGAGUUGGUAGUAAAGCUGCAUUUUCUUCCAAAGCUCGCGAGAUUCUCGAAUCUAACCAAAAUCUUGAAUCAGAGAAUCAAGCUUGGGAAUAUUUCAAGUAUGCUAAAGUUGAAUAUGAAAAUGAAAAAGAUUUGAAUAAAUUAGAGAAAGAGUGGCAAGCAAUGAGCGAUGAGGAAAAGAAGGAAAUUGGUGAAAUGUAUCAAGUGUUGAAAUCAACAGGUAAGAAAAUUGUCGACAAAGUAAUGGUUGACAAGUACACUAUCGACACUAUCGAGCAGCACUGA